AUGCCGCCGCUGCUCGAUCGUUUCCGGGCGCGUCUCUCACGACGCAGGCGAUCAGCCUCCCUUUCAGUGCCCUACAAGUUGGCCUGGAGCUGUCUGCCAGAUACGGUGUUUGUUGCCUUGGUUGCAACAUGCGAACUAGAAGAUAUCGAGUCCUUGGCCUUGACAUGUCGGUUCCUGCACAAACGCAUCUUCGAAAACGAACAUGCCAUUGCCCAUGCGUUUAUUGAAAUGCGUCAAAGUCACGGAAUGUACCGCGAUGCAGAUGAUCACUCGUCGCCAGGCGAGGACCUGACUUUUAUAUUUGAUCUGUUUCCCCCACCCCGCCACAAUAUGAUGCAGGCGGCUACGCGAUGCUGGGUCACAUGUAUUCGGCUUUCUUUUCAUUUGGCCGACCAUGAAAUUCGAUACCAUUUGGAGACUGACUCCGUGGCACGGUCAAUGUGGGCGUCGUCCAAGACUGAGAAAGAAGUGGUCUACAGCAAAGCAGGUAGCGCAUAUGCUGUAUUCUUCCUCGAGUCGUGUGCAUCAGUCUCUGAACCGCAAGGUCCGGAUCGAAUAGUUGAUCUCUAUGCAUCGAUCGAAACCCAACGAGCAAUUUUACAGAGAGCGCCAUUCACAGAUACGCAAGUAAUCAUUCAAACCCAACAUUGCAUGCAUCUUCUUUGCUCCACCGUGCGAAGGCUCAUGAGCCCAACCUUUCAGUCCUCGACUUCGGAAAACUGGGUCAGCCUCCUCCUCCUUACUUCAACCCUUGAGCGGAUCCUGGAGUUCUUCGUUGCCGUUUCGAAGGAUGACGAAAGAAUCGAUUCCUCGUCCCACGCCGCCAACUGGACUCACCGGAAAGAAUUUCUGUGGCGGAUGCGAGAAGACCUUGGACAUUUUAUGGCAGCUACUGGACAGUCUACUCACCAAAAACCCAUCAUCGCUCCAACCUUUGAUCUGGUAUGGUUUGGGGCGGCUUUUGAGGAAUUGUCGCAGAGGGAGCGAUCCCGCAUACGGCCGAGGAACCAGUCCACGUGCUUCAUGGCUCAGCGGUGGCCCUUCAUUGUAACCAGUGCUACGGAGAGUCUUAAGCAUAAUACAAUCUGA